GAAUACUCCAAUGAGAGACUGAAGAAGACAAAUGAGAUGCUUCGAGGUAUUAAGCUCCUUAAACUCUAUGCUUGGGAACACAUCUUUCACAGCAGUGUAGAGGAAACCAGACAAAAAGAAAUGACUAGCCUCAAGUCUUUUGCCCUUUAUACCUCCAUAUCCAUCUUUAUGAAUGCAGCAAUACCAAUUGCAGCUGUACUUAUAACAUUUGUGGUCCAUGCUCAUCUGACAAGAAAGGCUGACUUCUCCCCAUCCGUGGCAUUUGCCUCCAUCUCCCUGUUUCAUAUUCUUGUGUCUCCGUUGUUCCUGCUCUCCAGUGUGAUUAGAUCCACAGUCAAAGCAUUAGUAAGUGUGCAGAAACUGAGUGAAUUCCUGUCAAGUGAAGAAAUUGGAGAAGAGCAUGAUAAAUCUGCAGAGCUAAGAAGUGCAGAUAACCACAGCAACUACCAGGCAGUACCACUCAAAGUUGUUAACCGCAAGAGGCCUGCCAGGGAGGACUGGAACAAUUACAGCUCUCACAUGAGGAGACCCAUUAACAUCACAGAAGCGGAUGAUUUUUGUGUAAAGAUCACAAAUGGAUUUUUCACUUGGACACCUGAAGGUCCACCAGCAUUGUCCAACAUUGAUAUCCGAAUCCCUCAAGGUCAGCUAACAAUGAUUGUAGGGCAGGUUGGCUGCGGUAAGUCAUCUCUCUUGCUGGCCAUACUUGGUGAGAUGCAGAAGAUAUCUGGGAACAUAUUCUGGAGCAGCUGCACUUCUGACAGUGAGACGGGGGAAGAUGUCAGCCCAGAGAGAGAAUCUCCUGUUGACACGGAAUUCAGGAAAAGAGGAUCAGUAGCUUAUGCAUCACAGAAGCCUUGGUUGCUCAAUGCCACAGUGGAAGAGAAUAUCACAUUUGAAAGCCCUUUUAACAAACAGAGGUACAAAGCAGUAAUUGAUGCUUGUUCCCUCCAGCCUGAUAUUGACAUUCUCCCUCACGGAGACCAAACCCAGAUUGGAGAGAGGGGUAUUAAUCUGUCUGGAGGGCAGCGCCAACGUAUCAGUGUGGCAAGAGCACUUUACCAGCAGACAAAUGUUGUGUUCCUGGAUGAUCCAUUUUCUGCACUGGAUAUCCACCUAAGUGACCAUCUCAUGCAAGAAGGGAUCCUGAAAAUGCUACGGGAAGACAAGCGGACCAUUGUGCUAGUAACUCACAAGCUGCAGUACCUACCCCAUGCUGACUGGAUAAUUGCGAUGAAAGAUGGUAACAUCCAGAGAGAAGGAACACUCAAGGACAUUCAGAAAUCAGAAACUGAGCUCUUUGAACACUGGAAGACGUUAAUGAAUCGACAAGACCAAGAGCUGGAGAAGGAAACUAUUAUUGAAAGAAAAACUGUUUUUGAAAGAACAAAUCUCCGCAGGACUAUGUAUUCCCGUGAAGCUCUGCUGAAAGAUGAUGAAGAGGAUGAAGAAGAAGUAACAGAAAGUGAUGAUGAAGACAACCUGUCUUCAGUGCUGCAUCAGAGAGCAAAGAUGCCCUGGAGGGCCUGUGGCAAGUACCUCAGCGAAGCAGGAAUCCUCCUUCUGCCGCUGCUGGUUCUGUCCCAGCUGCUGAAGCACACGGUCAUGGUGGCCAUCGACUACUGCCUGGCGCGCUGGACCUCGGAUGCCAUUUCUGGGAAGACAGAGCUAGAGCUGAAAAACUGUUCUUACUGUGAGGAUUUCAACCAUUCUCCAUAUUCAAAAGUUUUCAGCAUUCUCUGCUGUCUUGGGAUUGUAUUAUGUCUUGUCACAUCAAUAGCGGUGGAGUGGACUGGCUUGAAAGUCACCAAAAAGCUACACUCUUCUUUACUAAAUAAAAUUAUUUUGGCUCCAAUGAGGUUUUUUGAAACAACACCUCUGGGAAGUAUAUUGAACAGGUUUUCAGCUGACUGCAAUACCAUUGACCAGCACAUUCCAGCUACCUUGGAGUGCUUGAGUCGCUCCACUUUGCUGUGUGUAUCUGCUCUUGCUGUCAUCUCAUACGUCACACCGAUGUUUCUCAUUGCCCUGGUUCCCCUCGCAAUCAUGUGCUACUUCAUCCAGAAGUACUUCCGAGUUGCAUCACGGGACCUGCAGCAGCUGGAUGACAGCACGCAGCUACCAUUACUCUCCCAUUUUUCAGAGACUGUUGAAGGUCUUACCACCAUCCGAGCCUUCAGGUAUGAAGCUAAAUUUCGACAAAAACUUCUUGAAUACACAGAUUCCAACAACAUCGCUUCCCUUUUCCUUACAGCUGCCAAUCGCUGGCUGGAAGUCCGCAUGGAGUACAUUGGAGCAUGUGUGGUACUCAUAGCAGCUGUCACUUCUAUUACCAGUUGCCUGUACAGUAAACUCUCUUCAGGACUUGUAGGCUUGGGACUAACGUAUGCUCUUAUGGUGUCUAACUAUCUGAAUUGGAUGGUUCGUAACCUGGCUGACAUGGAGAUCCAGCUGGGUGCAGUGAAAAGAAUCAAUGGCCUUCUCAAAACAGAAGCUGAAAAUUACGAAGGGCUCCUUUCUUCCUCACAGAUUCCCCAGAACUGGCCAGACAGAGGGGAGAUCCAAAUCCAGAACCUCAGCGUCCGAUAUGACAGCAACUUAAAGCCAGUGCUAAAGCAUGUCAAUGCCCACAUCUCUCCAGGACAAAAGAUUGGGAUCUGCGGCCGAACAGGCAGUGGAAAAUCCUCCUUCUCUCUUGCAUUUUUCAGAAUGGUUGACACUUUUGAGGGAAGGAUUAUCAUUGAUGGUAUAGAUAUCGCUAAGCUCCCCUUACAGACAUUGAGAUCCAGGCUGUCAAUCAUUCUCCAAGAUCCUAUUUUAUUCAGUGGAACCAUCCGGUUUAACUUGGACCCUGAGAAGAAGUGCACUGACAGCAUGCUGUGGGAGGCAUUGGAAAUAGCACAGCUCAAGCAUGUGGUGAAAGCGCUCCCUGGGGGCCUAGAUGCUAUAGUCACAGAAGGGGGUGAAAACUUCAGCCAGGGCCAGAGACAGCUGUUCUGCCUAGCAAGAGCUUUUGUGCGGAAAACAAGCAUCUUCAUCAUGGAUGAAGCCACAGCAUCUAUUGACAUGGCAACAGAGAACAUACUCCAGAAGGUAGUCAUGACUGCGUUUGCUGACCGUACGGUUGUUACAAUAGCACACCGUGUGCACACAAUCCUCAAUGCAGAUUUGGUUAUUGUAAUGAAGAGAGGGGUUAUUUUGGAAUAUGACAAGCCUGAGGUUCUGCUAGAACAAGAAGACAGUGUCUUUGCUUCUUUUGUACAAGCAGAUAAGUAAUAAAAAUAAAUGAAGCAUUUUAAAGUACAAUUGUAUUAUUUUCUACAAAUGUAAAAUACCUGUAAAUAAAUAUUAUUUCAUAAUAAAU